UGGAAAGAGAUCUGGCGAUCAGGAACUGCGGGUGGUGCACCGUUCAGUUCUACUUUGCUAGACUACAUUAGUGACUUCAUUAGAGGCCCGGUAUGCAGAAUUAACAUUGAUGUCGUGCAUAAGUGGAGGAAGCGCUUAGGGUGCACUAGAUUGCACUGGAUUUAUUAAAACUAUGAAUGACCGCUGUCUGGCAAGCGUGGAUAACAGAAGGCUUCUUGCGUUAUGAGGAGGACACCUGACGUGUGGAGCGGGCUCUCAUAAGGCGCGAGAAAGCAGAGGAAAAGACAUUCAUUUCUAGACAGCCGAGUAAUAGGUCCAGCUUUCUAAAUGCGUCUUCUUAUCGAGCAGCCAAGAACAAUGAGCAGUGGCUCUAGCAACUUUCUGCUAGUCCCUAUACCGGAGUAUCCUGCACUAGACUGCGUGCCGAACAAAAACGUCAAAAUAGUUGUUCUUGGGGCAAGCAAUGUCGGAAAAACAGCUCUGAUUGUAAGAUUUCUCACUAAGAGAUUCAUAGGAGACUAUGAAGCCAACACAGGAGCCUUGUAUUCAAGGAAGAUUCAUUUGGAUGGGGAGCAAGUUUCUUUACAAGUGCAGGACACUCCGUGUGUGUCACUGCAGGAUGAUGCAGAGGGUCUUUACUGUCAAGAGCAGAUCAACCGCUCUAUUUACUGGGCAGAUGGUUAUGUGCUCGUCUUUUCCAUCACUGACCUCAACAGCUACCGUACCAUCCAGCCUCUCUACCAACAUGUGCGCCGAAUCCAUCCCAGCGGCAACAUCCCUGUUAUCAUCGUGGGAAACAAGAGCGACCUGCUGCGUGCCCAGCAGGUCCCGGAUCACGAGGGUAAGGCGCUGGCUGAUCAACUGGGAGAGCCCUACUUUGAGGCCUCGGCCAGGGAAAACCAUGAGAGCGUCCAGGCUGCCUUUCUGUUCUUAUGUCAGGAGGUAAGCCGAGCGCUGGGAGGAGGAAAUGGGGAGAAGAGAAAAGGUGGACUACACCUUGCCAGGACAAAGAACCCAAACAUGCAAGAGUUGAAGAGAAGGUUCCGGCAAGUGUUGUCAUCUAAGGUCAAGUCAGCGACUGCACUAUGAUGAUGAUGAUAUGAUUGACCCAUGUGACUGUAUAGGAUUCAGAAAGUGUUAACAAAUUGCUAUUGCGUAGGGGAUUGUGAAACAUGAGGCAAAACAAUGAAACUCAUAGAAGAUGAGCAGUGAGAUCACUGCACUCUGGAUGAACUGUAACAUGGGACUCCAGGCACUGAACUUCUAAUGGUUUUAAGGCCAAAAAGUCUGUUUUUGUUUCAAUUUUUAGCUGCUAUUAUGCAAAUGUUUCUUGGUUUUCCAGGAUUAUAAUUCAUUUCUCAAAUUCAAUUUGUUUAAUCAUGAAUUUCUUUUAUUUAUAAAUGACGAUUAUAAAUUAAAUUCCUCUUUUAAUGUCAAGCUAGGGUAAAAAUAUUCCUAUUUAUUAUGUAUAUUGAAAGUAGCAAAAUAAAAUAAACAUACUGAAGGGCCAUUUACUGGACACAUAAUGUUUUUGCAGUCUAUUCCUAAAAUUCUCAUGUGACUGGAGCAGUUUUACAAAAUGCUAUUGUAGGAUUAUCUCAAUUUUUCCAGACAGCGAGAGACAUAAUCCAGCUAUGUUGGGAGAAAGAGAUUUUUGACUGGUAGUUCCCGUGACCUUUGACCUACUUACACUGUUUCAAGUAUAUGAGUGAAGUAUGGCGAUUAGUAGAGGGUCUCCUUUGCUUGUUUCUUCCAGAUGUCCCAUUCGCCCACUCAAAUGGACGUUUGUUUAUCUUGCAGUACAGAUGAAAUGGCAUUCCUCUGAAGCAGGUCUGUUGAUUUCUGGACUAAACUAUUAAUCAUGCGUCCAGUUAGAGUCAUUAUGACCUCUAACCUUUCACCUCUGAUAUACCAUUUUCUUCUCUUCAUCCAAUGGCCUAAAGAAAAGCAGAUUCAAAAUGUGACUAACCUUGAAUUUUCUGACCACAGAAAGUGACAGCAUGUCCAUUUUCUUAUAUAAUGACAAAGUAAAGCAAUGGUAAAAUAAACGCUA